AUGACUCUCUGCUUGAACCGUCUUCAGGAAGAGCGGAAGCAGUGGCGGCGUGACCACCCUUUUGGGUUCGUCGCAAAGCCUCAGCGCACCCCGCAGGCGACCCUGGACCUGAAGCGCUGGGAGUGCGCCAUCCCUGGCAAGAAGGACACUCUGUGGGAGGGUUGUGUGUUGAAGUUGGAACUGAUCUUUCCCGAUGGCAAAUUCACUCCCCCGCUGUUCCACCCUAAUGUCUACCCGUCCGGCACGGUCUGCCUUUCAAUUUUGAACGAGGAGGAAGCGUGGCGACCCGCAAUCACCAUCAAGCAGAUCCUUCUUGGCAUCCAGGAUUUGCUCAAUGACCCAAACCCCGAGUCGCCCGCGCAGGCUGAUGCCUACAACCUCUUCAAGAAGGAUCGUCCGGCAUAUGAGCGGCGCGUCCGCCAGGUUGUGAGGGAGAACCCGCCGAUGUAA